AUGGGUACUAUCAAAAGAGGAGUGAGCUUGUUCGGGGCCGUGUUUUUUCGAAACCCAUUCACUCUUAAAGGAAGCGUUAGAUUUGUGUGCAGAAAUAUGUCAAUGAAAGCUCUAGUAGUGGAGGAGUUUGGAGACUCUUCGAAGCUGAAAUAUUCAGAGACGACAAAACCAGUCCCUGCGGAUGGCGAGGUAAGCAUGUAAGCAUAUAAAAGCUUUAUAAAUGUAUAUCAUGUCAUAAAAUUAAUGCCCGGCGAAAAUCGAUCGAAAGUAGCAUGUCUAGCCUUGUGCUUACAUGCAGCGACAGUUAAGCAAUUAAGCUGGCGGCUCGAAAGUACUAGCCUCCUAACUACCUACGCAGACGUUCUUUGGGCUUCGUCACGUGUUCCUUCCCCUCGAAAUUUGGGAGGAUUGCGUGACGAAGCAAAGAGCGUCAGUGUUGGUACUGGCCAUUUUUUACAGGCAGAAUAGGAGGCAGUUUAGGAGUAGUCAGGUGCAGAAGAAAGCAAAUUUCAAAAUGCACAUGGUGUCUUCUCUUUUUACUUCACUCUGUCCUGGUUGCCUGGUCGUUUCAUUACACAAUCCUACAGUGUUAGAUCUAGGCAGUAUGAUGGCACUUGUAGCUUUUUUCUCCUUGCUUAUUCGUGUGUGCCUUGAAUUGACAUUAGUCAAAUGAGACUGAAAUGGGACCAGGGACCUGGAAACUGCUAAACUGAGAGGGAAAGAUCUCACUGGUGCCAAAAAUCACCCCUUAAAGGUGUCAUGAUCAUUUAGGCUAGUGUUAGGGUGAUUGGCUGGUUUUGCACUACACAUCUCUUACUGUGCAUAACAAAGUGGCUGGGUGUGGUUGUUGCCAAAGGGUCCUAAACAGCUGUAUUUGUCAGCAUUGUGACGUGAAAACGAGCAUGUUGACCGGGCCAUCUUUUUAUUACUUUUUUAUCAUCUUCUUGACUUGUUACACCAGUGUACCAUGUUUCAUCUACGAUCUUUGUUAGAUUCUACUAAGGAAUCACCUUAAAUGAUGGGUUUUAAGAAAACAAUGGCCUAGAAAAUGAAGAUCUACCACCCAUUAAACAAGGUAGAAAAUAACAACCUGUGAAUUUCAUGAUCCUAGGCAUUAAUUGCCAGCAGGCUUUUCCCCUUUCUGCUCUGCCUGGCGCUUGGUUUCACUGUAUUUUUUCUGUAUAAUUUGUUCUAGGUUCUAGUGAAUAAUCAGAUAUGUGGCCUUAACUACCUAGAUGUCAUUAUAAGAAAGGGAGCAAUUCCCCUAGGGAGACUGGGAUCUAAGUUUCCUGUCACCAUGGGGGUAGAGGCUGCUGGAAUAGUGGAAAAGAUUGGUGAUAAAGUGGAUGGUGUAGCUGUUGGAGAAAGAGUAGCAUAUGUAGUUAUUGGAUCCGGUGAGUAUUCUAUGUUUACACACAGCUUUGUACAUCUCAUGGAAAUUGUACAGAUAGGAUACUUAACAUGGCCAUCGCAUACAACAUUUCACUUCAAGAGUUGUAAAAAACAAAGGCUCUCAAACUGUGAUUGCACCAAACAAGUGAAAUAUUUUUCAACCUAAGAAGAGAAAAUCCUCGGAAGAUGGAGGGACUUGUAUUUAACCUGUGUAGUUAUAGGGAUUCAAUUUAUGGCUUGAAACCCAGUUAAGGCCAGUAAACAAAGGCCCUUUUAUUGGUCAAACAAAAGCAACCCCCUCUGUCUGGCUGAGGCAAUGUCCAUGGUUGAUUCCCCAUCUGGUAUUCAAAUAAGAUGAUUACGUUUCAACAAAACACUGCCAAUCCCCUAAAAUGACUAAGGCAAGUACAGUGACAGUGAAGAAAUAUUAAAAGUGUUUGAAUUAUUUAUUGCUCUGACAAAGUAUGAGAAUUUCGUAUCUUUUUCUGUCAGAAAAGGUCAGACACAUGUUGUUGAUUUUAGUGGGACAAAAAUUCUUUGUUUUGACCAUUUGAUGAAAUACUGGAGACUAACCAAGAUAACUUACAGGCCAUCAUACCAGAAACAGUAAAAUGUUGAGUUAAUGGUGGUGUUUGAAGUUAAUUUCCCUAAAUUAAGUUAUGCUUAUAAAUUUAUGAUUUUGUUUUGUUUUGUACAAAAGGGAAGUGCUAUUUUAAUAUUUUUUGCCUGACCAGGAGCACAUGCGGACUAUUCUAAAGUUCCUUCUUCAAGGAUAGUAAAAAUUCCACCUGAGAUAACUUUUGAACAGGCAGCCACUGCCAUGAUACAAGGAAUGACUGCACACUACCUUGUGCAUACAACAGGGAGAGUGAAGCCUGGAGACAAGGUCCUGGUGCAUGCAGCUGCUGGAGGGACUGGGUCUCUAGUGUGCCAAGUUGCCAAGAAUGCUGGUAAUUAUAUGGGAUAGUGAAGUAUGGAAAUUAUGCUCAGAAAUCUCAAUGGCAUAUUUUCUUCAAAGUCUUAUGUGUAACUUUUAAAAAGCUUACUUGCUUUUGAAGCAGACAUAACUGCUUUUCAGGGCAUAAUUCUUACAUUAACUGUGAAUUAUUUUCUGUGGCUACAAUAGUGCAUGCACUCUGAUUGGCUGUGGAGUGGGCAAGAUUUUCUUGUAAUGACCAGGCAUUAGGACAUGAAAAUUUUUCUUGGCUCAAUGGUUCUUUUGAGUUGUGAGUGAAAGCUACAAGUGCGAGGGCGAAAACAACAAAAACUACCAACAAAAUAUAACUAUCUUUUCAAAAACUGAAAGAAAAAUACCGCAUCAGCCUUGAUGUACUGACCUUGCUAUCGCUUAGUCAAUACAUGAUCAAGGUCUCGGUCUGAGAUUUCCAUUUAAUGACCUCACUCAUUGUUAAUUAGUGGUAUAUCAUGAAUCCUCAAAUAAUUUUUAUUUACUAAAAGUGUAAUGUGCAACUUGGCAUAUCUGUGCUUAAAAAUUAGACUUGAUCAUCUUUUCUCCAAAAGACACAUUCUUUUGUGUAUUAUUUUCACAAAAACCACUUUUCCUUCAAGACAUGAGACCUAGUAAUUAUAUACCCUGGAAAAUAAAGGGAAAACAUUUGAGAGAGGCAGAAAAGCAAAACUUUUGAGUCUGCUCUCCCCCCCUCCCCUAGAGAAAAUAAUAGAUAAGAAAGCAUCUAUAGUGUGGUAUCAGUAAAUAGAAAAAGAUUUCAAGCAUGAGCUACACUUUGAGAUCUCCAAAAGUAAAAUAAUUCAACGAAACCCAUACCUGGUUCUGUAAUUAUUUCUGAAGGAGCCUUUGUGAUUGGAACAACCAGUACAGAGGCUAAAGCAGCAAAGGCGAGGGAGUCUGGGGCCGAUGACGUCAUCCUUUACUCACAAAAGGAUUUUGUGGAAGAAGUGAACAGGAUAACGGAUGGAAAAGGAGUAAAUGUGAUUUAUGAUGGCAUUGGGAAAACAACCCUGCACAAAGGUAUAUUAAUAGUAGUUCUACCUUAAAACACGUUAUGAAAGUUUGUUCCAUUGAGUCCUCUCAACUAUAACCUACCCUUGAUGCCAGACGUAUUCACACUCACCAGCGGUGAGAACCAUAAAGGGCAAGUUGCUGACGUGCUGGUCGCUGACUUGUUCUCACGGCUUUGCUGAUCAAUAUUUCCGUCGCCACCAAAGAGAAAAAAACCUCUUACACCGAGGGUAUUUCAACCUCCCUAUCCCAAUGUUGUUUCAAUCACGCAACUGUAAAACAACCUUUCAUUUUAGAACAGGGGAGCGGGGCGUUUCGAGAAGUUCAAUGACGAGAACUGUAGUCUCUGCCUUGUAAAUUAGGUUUAUGUCCUUCUUUCCUCUCCACCAAAGCCUGUUUUUAGAUGUCCUACUUUGUCCAGAAGUCGGUAGGAGACUCUUGCAAAGGUGAAAGGAAAAGAACUAACAUAGGCCGAAUACUCCAAAUGAUCAGCGCUAUUGUGGGAAUUUCCAUGGCUGAAUUACAGUGGGAAAUAUGGAAUAUUCAAGGUCACUGGCUAUACACCUAACUACGAAAAAUGGUCUGCAACUGGCUUUCGACUUUAUAAUCAUUAACAUGAAAAAGAAUAGCAAAUAUCGCAAGUACCGCGAAAAAUCGUCCGACUGGUGAUUUUUCGCAAUUUCAGCUGCAUAAAUUUGGGUAAAAUCCGCAACUGGAUUUCGAAUUAGUCUUCAGCGUGACAAAAAAAAAAAGCGAAAAUCCCAAGUAUCGUGAAAAAUUGCCUACCCUGUGAUUUCUCGCAAUUCGCGCAAAUUUUGCAAAUUAGAGAGAGAAGAGCGGAAAAUCGCAAUGAAUGCGAAAAUUCGCCAACCUGGCAGUUUUAGUGAUUUUUCGUGUGCUUGCAAAACAUUUUUGCAGCUGUGUGCAAACCUGAACAUAAUAUUGUAUCAAAAUAUCAAUAACAAAGAAACAGCCAGUCGAUUAUGAGGCGCAUAUAUGUACAGUAGAUUGGAGAGUGUGAAGUUUUUUUUUUUUUAGUUACAUACAAGUUUGUUGGGUUUGUUGAGGUCUCCCAAAGGAGAAGUGCAUAAAAUAACGUAGAACCAGCAGUCGCUGAGAAAGGAUAUUUUCCAAUUACACGUAGUGGGAGGCUGAUACCCAAAACGCUGGAUAACUCUGACUACCCCAAUUUUUAGAAGUUAAAGGGGUUAUGUCACGAGGCCCGGGGAGGUACUCCCUUAUAUAUAACGAACUUUUAGUUUUAUUUUCAGUUUUCUUUUAGCCCCUGAAGAAGGUUUGUUUUCAAACCGAAAUAUUGGGCAAUUUGUUUAAACAUAUAUUUUUUUGUUUUCUUCUUUUGUUUACUUCUUCAUCGCCUUGCCGUAAGGAUCAGUUUGCCGUUUCAUAUUUUUUUUACUCCCUUAUAUAAGCCAUAUAGGCAUGAGCUAAUCUCGUACCCAGAUCUCACUCUGUUUUACACCCUUUCCCUUGGCCGUGGGAGAUCUGGGUACGAGAUUAGGCAUGAGCCGCUCCAAAGGGUAUCGUUCUUUGCGCCAUUUUGGUCUGAACUGAUACGGGUAUAGACUUUGCCCAUUUUGGUCUGGAAUCAGGUAUGGGUUUAGAUAGUCUGCUACACAGCCGUUUUUAGUGUCGUCACGCAACGCUCCUCCGUGACGACACUAAAAACGGCUGUGUAGCAGACUAGGGUUUAGAGGAAACUGCGGGAAUGUAUGAAAGUAUUUGCCGUGUUAAUUCCAAAUGAAUAAGAAAGAAAGAAAUCUUUUUUCGUUGGUGUUCUAGUCUAAGUAAUGAUGGCAUGAUUUGUUACCAGCCAGGUCUGAAAACGGGUAUGGAUUUUAGAGGCCAGGUCCGAAAGUGGGUGUCAGUAAUAACAUGCAUAUUUUGGUCUGAAAUAGUGUUAGUAAUUGGAUACAUACAUGCAUAGCCCCCCCAGGAAUUCCCAGGAAUACCCCCCGCCCCCCACCGGGUCACGAGGAUAUUGCUGUUUUAGGUCAAUUCUGUGCUGAAGUCAUGGAUCAUUUUACGUUUCUGUGAAACUGCCCACCUACCUCUCCCCUAAGUCGACAUUUUGCCCUAAGUAAGAACUGAGUGUUAAUGUUGGUUUAGGGGAGGGGUAAGUGGGCAGUUUCCCAGAAACGUAAAAUGAUCCGAAGUCAUUGCUAGUUCCUUUCCCCAUACACAAAAUGCUCCUGCAGAGUUAUGAAGGCGACAUCAAACAAAUAAUUUCAUCAGAUAACACCAACCAUAAUAACUCUUUUUGAUUUUGCAGGCACAGCUUUUUCAAAUUUUAAUCCACGCCCAUCCUUGCCAUUCUUUGUAACAGCCGACGGAAAAACAGUUUGAAUGCCCAAAUAUAGUCUUGGAUAACUAGGCUGAAUCUAUAUUUUUGAAUUCAAUUGAUACGAAAAAAGUUCUACUAGCUUUUCAAAAUGAUAUAUAGCAAAUAGCGUGACAUAACCCCUUUAAGCCCGAACAUCAACAUGCAUCUUCUCCACACUGUUCUUCAUACAUUCCUUAUGGUACUGCUUGAGAGAAUUUGUUCUAACAUCACAGCUUUUCAUCUUUGGUGAUCAUUCAAUUAAUUCUCAUGACCUGUCUGUCUGAUCAAGCAGUGUGAUUGUUGGAAGAAAUUGGAUAUGGGUCACUAUAAACUUGUUAUAUGUACGUGUUUUAGGUUUCAAUUGCUUGGCUAUCCAAGGAAUCAUGGCAUCCUAUGGCGUGGUAUCGGGAACGCCUGAGCCGGUGGAGAUCAGCACCCUCGCAAAAGGAUCCUUCUCCGUAUGCCGACCCUCCUUGUUCCAUCAUAUUGCCACAGACGAAGAUUUGAAGUGGCGAAGUUCCGAAGUCUUUGACUGGAUUAAGGACGGCAAAGUUAAGUUUGGCGACUUCACAGUGUUUCCUCUGUCGGAUGGAAGGAAAGCUUAUGAGUUGUUGGAAAGUGGAAAGUCCACAGGGAAAAUAUUGAUGAAGCCGUAAAGUUCGCAUUCAUUCUUUCCCACGACUGCCCGACCUCUUCGAAGAAUAAUUCCAUCUAUUUUGUAACAUAGUAAGAGCCAAAUGGUACCAUGCGAAAAUUCUGCUGAAGAGGUUUCAACUGAUUCGCAAGUUACACAGUACAAGUUGUAAACUGGCUUAAUACGUGGGCGAAACGACUUUUAUGUGGGCGAACAGGACGUUAGCGAGACGAUUCGUCGGCGAAACGACCGUAAGCCUAUAAUCAAACUCUGUCACGAGCUCAAAGAGAAUAAAUGAAGCAAGAAAUAUGUAGAUUUCGAUACCAGUAGUGAGAGAAGCUUUGAAAAAGUUAUAGUUAGUUGGCAGUAUAGUCAAUAAUUUCAUAGCCAGCGAAUACAGCCGCCCCUCAUUGCUUCCCAUCGCCAGGGCUAUUCGCGAAAGAUGAGAACUCGAAACGUUGCGGGAAGCCAUGACAGAGAAGCGGCUGUAUUCGCGGGCUAAUAAAGUAGUAAUGUCAGAUCUUGAUAAAAUAAGGAAAUAAUUUGCUUCCUUUUGGCAAGAUCGGGAGUCCAUUCCUCCCGCUAAAAAUAUAUUUUGAAGGCACUUUAGCAGAGCCUCCGCGCGCCUGAAGCGCGCGUAGCGGAGCCCCAUAGCUUAGAGAAAAUGGGAAAUGGGGAAUCCAAGACAUGUAGCUUGCGUUUGUCUUGGUAAAACGUUAGCCAGUUCGCCUAGAGGCAGCCAAUGGAGUUUUCUCUAAUGUUAAAAAAGAUAUUGAAAUUCCUUUUGUUUGACUGACUAAAACAGAAUUAACUUUGAAAAAUAUAGUUUUAAGGAUGUGCUUUUAGCUUGGUCACGCUUUUUAAAAAAUUCACACCAAGAGCCAAUACUUGUUUACACAUUACUGUUCCAUUCUGGGCCCAAUAGAAGAAAACAUAAUAAACUUAUGGUGAAUACAAAAGUCAGUCAGAUUUUCCUUUUAGGUCUCUU